AUGUUAAGUCGUCUUGCAUCCCCUCAAUUGGAGCAAUUGUUGCCUUGUCCGGAUCCUGGUUGUGAGGGUGAAAAUAAGGCAAAGGCCAAGUUUUGCUGUGAAUGUGGACGGCCUCUGACUUCAGGUGUGUCGAGGUCAGUGACACCCAUAAUGGCAACUGCGGCACAGCCACCACCGCCAACUGCUGCUGCUACGAUACCGGACAUGUCGACACAAUACCCGCCGGAUCCAUUGCACCGAGCCAGGGGCUGUCCCAUUGUCACUUUUGGUUUUGGCGGCAAAAUGUGUGUCAUGUUCCCACAAACGGUCCAACGAUUCACCAGUCAUGUUGGAUACGAAAGCGGUGCACCGAUCACCAAGGCCAUGCCAAGUGCUGUUCGAAUCUCAAAACUCAAGGACGUCGUGGGUAGUGACCAGAACCCCACGGUGGCUAGCCUGGCAAGCUUUGUGGGUCCAGUCUUGAAUGAUAGCAAAGGCAGCACAAAGAGUAAAAAGAAGGAGGUACUGGCUUAUGUGGAUAAACGAAUUGAGGAGUUGACUGCUGCAUUACCUGUACAAGAAGGCCUUGGUGUCGAGUAUCGCCACGCUGAGAAUCGGGUGUUGUUGUGGCGAUUAAUCAAGACCUUGACUGAGAAUGAUGGAUCUAUUGGGGAUGGGGACAAGAUGGAUAUUGCCGUCCGUGCGCUUGUGCAGCCGAUCGAAAAGGGAGAUGAAAAUGACCAGGGUAACUUUAGUGUGCCUGCAUACGCACAGGCUGAUGGCCACCAACAAGAUGAAGAUGCCGAAAACUGUGAGCGAUCUAAAAAGGUGUUGGGCGAGCUCGAAGCAUGCCUUGUCAAGGGUGAUCGCUCGGGUGCUGUCGAGUACGCAAUGCAAGAGGAUUUAUGGGCCCAUGCACUUAUUCUGGGCAGCUGUGUAAAUAAGGAUGUCUGGAAAAAGGUCGUGACAAACUUUGUGGAGCGCGAACUAUCGCAAUCGGCCGGGAAAACGCCGCGUCAAGACCGUCUGAAUGUUACUGGUGAUAAGCAAGCAUUGCGAGUCUUGUAUUCGUUAUUUGCAGGCUCAGGAGCUGCGUCUAUUUCCGAAUUCUUGCCUGCUGCUACACCCCAACAACGAUUGGGUACUCCAUUUGGCGUGUCACCUCAAACACAGCCAGCACAAGCAACCGAGGAUCAGCUACAGCAGUGGAGAAUCACUCUGACCUUGAUCCUUGCCAAUCGAACGCCAAGAGACACGGAGGCCAUCACAUCAUUAGGUGAUAUUUUGCGCGCACAUGGCUGGUUAGAUGCGGCUCAUAUUUGCUAUCUCGUCUCCCCGCAAUCUUCAUUACACUCUGGCAUCGAUGCACCACAUGUCCGUUUAACGCUUAUUGGUGCAGAGGGCACCACUGCCUUUUCAGAUCUGGAUGCAUAUUAUCUCACUGAAUUGUACGAAUUUGCAUUAUCCACCAAGCAAGGUGGCGCAUCAUCAUUACCGUUCCUGCAAGGCUAUAAGCUUGUGCAUGCAUGGUGGCUUGCUGACUUUGGAUACUUAACUGAGGCCCAACGGUACUGUGAAGCGAUUGCCAAUGCUAUCAAGGGUUACACCAAGGGCAGCCCGUACUUGCAUCGUCAAUUGUUGGAGAAUUUGAAGGAGUUUGGUGAGCUUUGCGAAGCUGCAAGUGGACAUAGCAUUGGGUAUAGUAGUCUUUUUUUAUGA